CGUCGUCCCUUUCCUUAUUUAAACUCUUCCCCUUAUAGUCACACUCUCAAAACUCGAAGCAGACAUAAAAGAAACAAAGUGAAAGACACAAAGAGAGAAACUGAAACAGACCAAAGGUCAUAAACAAAGAUGGACGUGUUUGAUGGACUUCCAGAUGCGAUCAUCGUCGAUAUCUUGAACAAAGUUGGUGACGUCAGAACCUUACUUCGUUGUAGUUCCCUCUCAAAACGAUUUAACUCGCUCGUUCCUCAGUCCGAGUCACUCAUCCUCCGACUCGACCAGGUCGGCACAACCGAGUCACAACCCGAUUCUCCCGUCAGCAACAUUUUCACUUCCGUAUUGAAGUCCUUUCACGGUUUGUGUUCUUUAUUCUCUAAACCGGCUAAACCGAUUCCAAUCAAGAAUCUUUCUCCGAACAUCCCUUCCGAGAUUCUCUCCAAGUUUGACCGGGUCAAGAAUCUCGAAGUCGAGCUUCCCGGCGGCAAUGCAAGCCUCGAGAAAGGCGCCGCCGUCAAGUGGAAAGCAGAGCACGGUGAAUCUCUCGAAACAUUAGUCGUCUUCGCGUUUCGUUCCGCCUCCACUGAGUCUUCUCCGGCUUCUGCUUCUUCCGACGGCGAAUCAGACGCCGAGUUCGUGACUGGGCUGAAAACGCGCGUGAUGUGGACGAUAAGCGUUUUGAUGGCUGCGUCGAAACGUCAUUUCUUGAUGAGCCAAGUCGUGAAGGAGCACCAAGAGAUGGAGAGUUUGGUGAUACGCGACAGAGGAGGAGAAGGGACGUUGGUGAUGGGAACGGAGGGGCUGAGAGCGUUUCGAAAGAUGGAAGCGGCGCGUGGCGAAGCAGCAGUCGAUGAGCGCGUGGAGAAAAAUAGGAGUGUGGUCCCGAGCGUGAGGAUGAGCAUGAGACACGCGCCAUCGCUGAGGCUUAAGAGUGGGGUAUGCUUAGAAUCCGCGACGCUCGUGAUCGUAAGGCCGAGUGAGGGAUAUUCUGAUGUCGGAGAUGAUGAGCUGGCGACGGAGGCUUUCGCCGGGAAUUGUACUUGUACGUACGGUGAGGCGGUCGCCGCUUUGUUAAAGUGUAAGAAGAAUGCUUUAGAAAUGAACUCUUUUUAAGCUUUUGUUGGGCCUUAUAGUGGGUCUUGUGGGGGCUUUCUGCGUUUUUUCCAUUUUGUUAGAAAUGUUUUUUUCUUGUACGUGUGCAUGUGCUCGUUUUUUGUAUUAUAACAUAUCUUUGUUUUUUUUUUUGUCACAAAUCACAU